AUGGAAGAGGCGGCUUGUGGUGUCUGCGCAGAGUUGAAGCCCACCAAGCACUUGACGAACAUUAGGCACGUCGCCAGACACUUCCCCGUGCUCGCUGUCGCUGACGCUGCUCUUAAAGAGGAUGGGUCGCCCUGGGAAGAUAAUAAACCUGUGUUGAUACCGAAUGCCAGAUACAUCUGCUCUGACUGCCGUCCUGUCGUCACCAAGGGCUUGAUCCCUCGUUUGGCGCUAGCGAACAAUCUUUGGAUAGGGGAGGUCCCCUUCGUGCUCAGGCGCCUGCGCUACUUCGAGCGGCUGUUGAUACAGCCUGUCCGUCACAACGCCUUAUUCGUGAAGGUAGCAGGUGGGUAUCGAAAAGCGAUCGCUCAUGUCAUCUCUUUCCCCGUGGAGUCAGACAAAAUCUACGAGUCUCUGCCACCGCCGAAGGAGGACAUCGAGAAGGUAUUGGCAAUCAUGUUUACCGGGCCCACACCGCCAUCUGUUGAAGACUAUAAGUCCCCUAGGUUUGCUCCACUCCUGGUGCGUCACCACGUUGUCCGAGAGGCGCUCCAGCACCUCAUCGCGCAUACACCGGGGUGGCAGGAUAUCACCGUCGACGAGAGCGCACUUGCGCGGUACUCGGAGUCUGUCCCGCCAGUCUCCGUCGUGUACAGGCCCUCCACUUCUAACAUAGCACCGGAGGGGCGAAGCUCUUAUGAUGUGGCAGACGAGCAUGGCGUCGAGACAGGUGAAAUCCCUUUUCAAGUGCACGGCCUGACGGGAAACGACUUGGAAACGAAAACUCACGAAGAGCUUACAGCGCUAGCUUUGGACCACUUCAACGCGAACAAGGGAAUGUUGCGCAUCGGCCAUGGCGAGCGACCGGAGUCUCUCUAUAACAAUCCGCUCUUAUACCCAAAGAUGUUCCCGUGGCUCUUCCCUUUCGGC